CCAAUGCUAUGAUCAACGCUUGCCACGAUUUCCUGGACUUAGCCGAAACCCACAGCCGAAAAUGGCAGCGGGUGCUGCAGUAUGAGCGGGAGCAGAGGAUCCGGCUGGAGGAGACCAUCGAGCAGUUAGCCAAGCAGCACAACAGCUUGGAGCGAGCCUGCCGCGGAGCCCCUGGCCUGGCCUCCAGCAGCACCGGCAUCAAAAAAAAAGCCAGCAGGCCGCCAACAGGGAGCGUGCAGUCUGCCAAAGGAGAGGCCAGUGAUGAAGAUGAAGAGACGGAGUAUUUUGAUGCCAUGGAGGAUGCACCAGCUUUUAUCACUGUAACCGCAGACCCCAAGCACCACAGGCGUUCGGGCAGUAACCUGAGUGGGGCCAGCGAGGGCCACCCUGAGGACUGGAACCUGGAGGACAGCGUCUUUGAAAGCUCAAAUCAAAGCAGCUACAAUGAGUCCACUUGCAAAGAUCUCCUGCCGAAGAAAAGGAGACGGACUCGCAUCCCCGACAAACCCAACUACAGCCUUAACCUCUGGAGCAUCAUGAAGAACUGCAUCGGCAAAGAGCUCUCCAAGAUCCCCAUGCCUGUAAACUUCAAUGAGCCGCUCUCCAUGCUGCAGAGGCUGACGGAGGACCUGGAGUACCACGAGCUGCUGGACAAAGCAGUCAAGUGCGAGAGCUCCACGGAGCAGAUGUGCUUCGUUGCUGCAUUUUCAGUGUCUUCCUACUCGACGACUGUCCACCGCACCGCAAAGCCAUUCAACCCGCUGCUGGGGGAAACCUAUGAGCUCGACCGGCUGGAGGAGUUCGGCUUCCGUUCCCUGUGCGAGCAGGUAAGCCACCACCCCCCGGCAGCCGCCCAUCACGUCUACUCCAAGCGAGGGUGGACGUUGUGGCAGGAAAUCACGAUCGCCAGCAAGUUCAGGGGCAAAUACCUCUCCAUCAUGCCACUGGGCACCAUCCAUCUCGAGUUUCAUUCCAGCGGGAAUCACUAUGUCUGGAGGAAAGUCACCUCCACCGUUCACAACAUCAUCGUGGGCAAGCUCUGGAUUGACCAGUCUGGUGAAAUAGAGAUUGUUAACCAUAAGUCAAAAGAUAAAUGCCAGCUGAAAUUUACCCCCUACAGCUACUUCUCCAGAGAUGUCCCCCGAAAGGUGACAGGGGUGGUGAGCGAUGCCGAUGGUAAAGCCCACUACGUCAUGUCCGGCACGUGGGAUGAGAAGAUGGAGUGCUCCAAGAUAGUGCAGAGCAGCCACGGCAGCACCAGCACGGAGGGCAAGCAGAAAACCGUCUACCAGACGCUGUCUCCAAAGGUCCUGUGGAAGAAGUACCCCCUUCCGGAGCAUGCCGAGAACCUGAGGUGGGAGGCGAAGCAGCGAGCCGUGCGCCGGAGGCGAGAGGCUGAGGCCGUGGAAGCCCUGGAGGAAGGCAAGGACUACGAAGGCUAUAUCCCGCUGUGGUUUGAGCGCAAGGUGGAUGCCGUGACGGGGGAGCUGAUCUGCGUCUAUAAGGGCGGCUACUGGGAGGCCAAGGACAAGCAGGACUGGAGUACGUGCCCCGACAUCUUCUGAGCCGCUCUGCUCGCGCCGGGGUGGCCGUCCCCGUGCCUCAAUUCACCGGGACAGACAGAGGGACAGUGAGGACACGCUGGCAGCGUCCCGCCAGCAGUUAACAGUGCAAAUACAUACACAGAGUCAAUACGUGCAGAAAUUUGAAAAGAAAAUCUAAACAGGGAUUCCAAACCUAUUUUUUUACGCACUAAUAAAUAGCAUCCUUUUUUUUUUUAAUGAUGGCUUUUUCAGCGACUAAUUAGGAACGAGGAUACGUGAAUCUGGUCCGUUUUUAGCCUAGCAUAUUUAUCUAUAUAAAUUCAGCUAUCAGGAGUUGCUGCCUAUAUCUUUCAGCGCCUUGGCUUUAUCGGCUGAGACGUUGACUUCCAAAGAUGCUCGCAUUGUGGGGAUGCCGUGCAUUUGUGUGAGCUCUUUUCUUUGACAUUAUUUUUUUUUCCCCAUUUGUGUGUGGACUUUAUGGAAAUUUUUUUUUUUUUUUUUUUUAAAUCUGCUCCUGGUUCAGGUUCCUUCAAAGACGGACACGAACAGCUCUGUGUCCUGCUCAGAAAACUGUCUCCAGGGGCCGUGGCGCUUGAUCCUGGAGGCUCUUGGUGGUUCCCGCAAUGCCCAGUCUUCCCAGUAACACCAAUUACGACAUUUCAGCUGGUGACUUUUUUUUUUGACCUUUUUUUUUUUUAAAAAGAGGUGUUUCAGCAGAUUCCCUGCAGUCUGCCGUGUUUAGUCAAGGCUUAGGGCUGUCUUUAACAUGAUGCUUUGUGAGAGUGAUUUGAGUGAGGUUUGGUUUGGUUUUCCUGCAACCGCAUCCGAAGGGGGGAGACGGCCUCGCCGAGGUUGGGAAUGCCCAGCAGACACAGAGCAAAGAGGUCUGUAGACCAGCGAUGCUCCGGGGUCCACGUACCGGCUCUCUCCCGCUCCGCCUCGCUGCAGCCCAGGGGCUGGCAGGAGCCUGGACCGCAGUACCGGGUUUGCAGGCGGUGUCUCCCUGCUGAGCUCUGCCCGAGGCCGGGAGGGAGGGGAGGGGAGAGAUGCUGUGGUGCCGCUGGGACAGAGCCUGCCUGGGAUGCAGCCUUGGUCCUGGGUCUCCCAUCCCUGCGUCUUCCCCGUUAAGCCAGACAGGUCUGGUCCGCAGUCCCCCGGCACGGGGGGGUCACAGGCUGAGCCUGGAGGGCACCUCUGUAGCCUGGUGCCCAGCUCCGUUCCUUCUCCUCCCUCGUGGCCGGUCUCUCCCAGGAGCAGUUUCAGGUCACCACUAAAGCAGCCUGAGCACGGGGCCGGGGCAGCCCCACGUCCCCUGCUCACCCUCCGCCUUGCUGCAGCCCUGGACCCGCCGGGAGGAGCGGAGCAAGCCCUGCCGCUGAUCGUCGAG